CGGCGAACCCUUCGUCCCCUGGAGAAGAACUGCUGGCUUCUUGCAAUUGUGGCUUCUGCGCUCUUGACCUGCAGCCUCGCAGGUGUCAGCUGACAGCGUAAGGCGCCGGGCUGGUCCGGCUGCAGCGGCUAGGCUUUGAUGCUGAGCUCUGGUAAAAGGAGGUUGUUCUCAGCUCUGCUGCACGUUCAGAAGAGGCCCUGUCAGCCGUCGAGAGCGAUGAGACUGGUACAGUUCCAGACACCCCACCUGGAGGAGCCUCACCUGGGCCUGGAGUCGGGGAUUGGAGGGGGAGUCGUAGACCUAAACACCUUUGACCCCACACUCCCCAAGACAAUGCUGCAGUUCCUGGAGCAGGGAGAGACUACCCUCUCAGUGGCAAGAAGAGCCCUGGCUACCCAGUUGCCGGUCCUGCCUCGGUCACAGGUGACCUUCCUGGCCCCUGUCACCCGGCCAGACAAGGUGGUAUGUGUGGGCAUGAAUUAUGCAGAUCACUGCAAAGAACAGAAUGUGCGGGUGCCCAAGGAGCCCAUCAUCUUCAGCAAGUUCUCCAGUUCUAUUGUGGGGCCCUACGAUGAGAUCAUCCUCCCACCAGAGAGCGAGGAGGUGGACUGGGAGGUGGAACUGGCUGUGAUCAUUGGAAAGAAAGGCAAGCACAUCAAGGCCACAGAUGCCAUGGCUCACGUGGCUGGCUUCACUGUGGCUCAUGAUGUGAGUGCCCGGGACUGGCAGAUGAGACGCAAUGGAAAGCAGUGGUUACUGGGAAAAACUUUUGAUACUUUCUGCCCCCUGGGCCCUGCCUUGGUUACCAGGGACAGCAUAACAGACCCACACAAUCUAAAGAUCUGCUGCCGCGUGAAUGGGGAGGUAGUCCAGAGCAGCAGCACCAACCAGAUGCUGUUCAAGACUGAAGAGCUGAUAGCCUGGGUCUCCCAGUUUGUCACUUUUUAUCCAGGGGACAUCAUCCUGACUGGGACUCCUCCAGGUGUCGGAGUGUUUAGGAAGCCUCCUGUCUUUCUCAAGGCACGUGUUGCUACUCGACUCAGCUACAGCUAAGGACACUGGUUGAGGGGCAUCUGAGAUUGGGAUGGACCUGGCAUAGAUCUUUGGCUCAGACAUCGAGUUAUCUGCUCCCCUCUCUCUGCAUGCCCCACUCUUCUGGUAUCCCAAGUGUGCCACGAAGGGGGUGGGGGUGGUCAGGUCCUAUAGUAACUGGUCCUGUAUUAUCCACAUAAAGUACUGUUGAAACUCCACCCUAAAGGUGCAGAUCUGGGUUUCCCUUACCACUCAGGACAUGCCUGCUCAGUCUUUUGACCAGGAGCU